GUGUAUAACGUGCCCGCUAAGCCACCUUCAACGCCUCGAUCUACAAAUGAACUCUUGAAAGCCUCUUGAAGACUGCAGGAGGAAGACUGGUUAUCACAAACAUGAGUUGAACGCAUCAGGUUGUAUGUCUGAACAAGGAAGGAGUUACCAUGAGCUGCUUAUGAACGUGUGGGCCUGAAACAAUGCGUGUGACCUGAUCGUACAACCAUGACAAGAGCUUCUGUGACUAAAAUUCUCCUUCUGGUGAUCAUCGCCCUCAUCAUCUGCCUCCCGGAGUUUUUCAGGAUAUACUCAGUGUCAGAGGUGAAUUUCCUCUGCCUUUCCUACCAGCCAAGUGAACAAAUGUAUGAGGUAUGGAGAGGAGGUAACAGGUCGCCAGGAAAUCUGAAGGCUUCAACUGCAAAAAAUAAGCAGUGGGAGCAGAUCUGCAUACAAGAGUCUCAAAGAAACCCAAUGGACCUGAAUGCUGAAACACAGGAAGUCCCAGGUGAUUCAAGAAGAGGCUGGUUUAUGUGCGAAACGGACAAAAACAUGGACGUGUUUUACAACAACAUCUCAUCAGCUCUGAUUGUGCUUCUGGAGGUGUCAGUCAGCUUCCAACUCAACGACACAGAGACCAUUAAUGUCACUCUGUACGGCCAAAGCAAUCAGAGCGACCUAUACCUCAACCCACCCGAAGAGGGGAAAGACCAAAUGGAUAAUGGUGCAGCCCAGGGAGAGGCUUUCUACUGUUGUCUUCCUUUCAUUGCCACUUCUAACUCAACCAAUCGCAGCCGCUGUCUCCUUUGGCUCGCCAAUCAAACUGUUCUGACAAGAAAUGAAACAGAAGCGCUACCAUGGAAACGGGCAGAUAAAGGGGUUUGGUGCAGGUACAGGGUGACCUGGAUGGUUCUGAUGUGUGUGGUGUUCCUGAUCAUAGUCAUGGCUGUGAUUCAAAAGAUCUAUGUGGGGAAACGCUCUCACAAAAAACCUGUUGUGGAUCCUAUAGUUAACCACUAUACAAAUCAACAGUUAAAAGGGAAAGCUUACCGAGUAAAGAGGUUUCAGUCUUUGUCUGGACUCUCACCCAUUCCUGAAAUUGAAAGCCAAGAAAGCCCAUCAUCAUUGCUGCCAUCCUCCCAGCUCCUCCCUCACAGAAGAACUUGCGUGCCAAUGGACGUGCAACAAAAGCAGCACAGAAAUGGUCUUACGACGCUCUGAGGCAACAAAAUAAAAAGACUACAUCACCUCAAGGCCUCCUUUGUAGAGACAUAUACAGAAAACACAUAUCACAACUGUGUUUAUUAUUAAAGCCUCCCCAGCGAAGCUAGAUGGACUUUACAAAAAGUGUUUUUUUUUACAUUUCAGGGGAUAAAAGAUGCUCAAGUGAAGAUGCUGUUCCUUUAGAUCUACCAUCAAAAAGAUAACCAGCGGGUGAUCUCUUGCUUUCCCAAAAACACUCA